GCGACGAGAACCAACAUGUAGAUGAAGAAGAACUUGAUGAUAUCGAUAAUGAUACGGCCGAGAGAAAUCUGUAGCGGACCCAAAUGCGGAGAGAUCGAGAACACGUGCACCGUCUUCAGAUAGCUGAAAAGACAUAACAAGAAGCACACAUUGCCCGGUUUGGCUAUGUCGUUGUGAUCGAUUUUAUAUCAGUUACAGCCGGUAGCUGCGCCCCACGGCUUUGUGUUCACCAUCGACGACAUUCCUGCCGGAGAAUUGAUGAGAAAAAUUUGUAUUCGGCUUUGGAGGAAAAGGGGCGAUGCAGGAAACCCAUCUAGAGGGGGGCCUAUCAAUUCACGUUCACCAACCGUGACAGAACGUGCAGCUAUAUAGUGUACAUCAAUGCUCAUGACUAGCCUACACUCAACCGACUCUUUUGUGGCUACUAGGCUUGACAUAAAAGACUUAAUAUCGAUCGAUAUCCCAGUAAGACGAGGGUCUUCCGACGAGGCCUUCCGUAGGAGAAUGUCUUCCCGUUAAACGUAGCAAUCGUCUACCACUGUGUUAAUGAUAGUGAUUGGUGUGAACCUCAGAGUCGAAUGAUGUACCUUUUGGAAAUUAUCAAUGUUUCGACUAUCUGCUGAUUUGUCAAUGAAUCCCAGCUAUCAUCUCAUUAUUUUAAAGCCAUAGCAGUGCCAAAACCGCUUAAAGAGCAAUGGAACAACCACUACAAUACCACGAAUAGGAAAAUUAAUCAAACACUUUGAUGGAAUGCAUUUCCUGAUGGCGUCUAAAUCUCACUACGAUUGUGCCUGAACAGGACCGAAGAAGCUGAAUUGGCGAAAAAUUGGCGGUUGGACAGUCACUUGUUUACAUUAAGAUUUAUACGAUAGAUUCGGUAUUAUUCCGUCUGAAGUACGAACAACAAAGUUCGCCUUAAUCUCCCGUUAGCCUUGGUGAAUAGGAGAGUUCAGCUAGUCACGCCCACUAUAUGCUCUCGACAUUCUGGUCGCCAAUUCAAUGGCCUCGUCCGACAAUACAAAAGCGGUGACGUGCGCAUACUUUUUACAGACAAAGAAAAGAUAUUGCCGCAUGUCGGUUAAACCGGGACGGAAGUUCUGCGGGGAACACGCGUCAUUGGAUGCUGCGAACCAAGUCUGUCCUACUUCCGCUGCUAAAUAUGCACGAACGCCCUGUCCAUACGAUCCAAAUCAUUCAUGUUUUGUAUCACAAUUGGCGAAGCACAUGGAGAAGUGUAACUCGAAACCCAAACCGCUGCCGGAAUACAUAAAGGAAAACAUUAAUGUCAUUGACAACAAUGAGGAGAUCAAAGUCAACCUUGGAACUUUGUCAGACGAAGAACUACUAGCCAUCAUUGCCAGGGUUUCCAAGAUCCAUUCAGAAUAUGUUGGAGAACUGCCAGUGUCUGUUGGGCGUCAUCCAGUGCUAGAAACUACACUUGCUUCGCUGACGGAGAGUCGAGGAAGUUGGCGUCACGUCUUCCAAAGCUCUUCCAUCCUUUACAAUAUGGCCGAAGUUGGUGUUUUGACGUCUGGGGAAACGAGAAGCACAUAUGUCGAAUUUGGCUCAGGCAGAGGGCAGUUGAGUUACGCGGUAGGUCAGGCCGUUGACCUGGAAACGGAUGCUUUGCUGAUGAUCGACAAGUCUUCACCCAGGCACAAGCACGACAACCGGUACAAGGUGGACGGUGAAAGCCAUGCUUCCAUCCACCGAGUGCGAGCAGACAUUGCUGACGUGGAUUUGGGACAGGUACCGCUCGUUCGCAACGACACAAGAAGACUUGUCGGAAUCGGCAAACACUUGUGUGGAGCAGCGACAGAUUUAGCGUUAAAUUGCCUCUAUAGAGCCAAUAAUCCGAAUGGAUUGGUACAGGGAGUUUGCAUAGCUCUUUGCUGCCAUCAUCAGUGCACCUGGCGACACUACGUCGGGAAAGCAUUCUUCAAGGAAUUAAAUCUGAGCCAGACGGAUUUUGCUAUCUUGAGAGCCAUGACGAGCUGGGCAGUAUGUGGAUCACGUCAGGCAAAAGAACACAGUGAGGCUGUUCAAGAUAACGAAGUCAAAACCAGCAUUUUACCCGGAAGAUACGCAGCCAUGGGUUUGGAUAUCGAACGCAGGGAAAAUAUCGGACGUCAGUGCAAACAAAUCAUUGACCGUGGCCGAGUCGAAUUUCUGUCUUCGUGGCCACUUCAGGCCAAGCUUUUGUACUACGUCGAGCCGGACAUUUCUCCUGAGAAUGUUCUCUUGCUUGCGCAUGCUUCGUAAAGUCAAUUUUUUAGAGGUGGAACGGGCAGCGGAUAGGUUUGACUUCGCUGGAAGGACGAAUUGCGGCAGCAUGUGCAAGUCUUGUUCAACAUUUUUGCAAACGCUCGUCGGAAAUUGGCGUUGCAAAGCGGAUAAAGGACCGGAUUGAGGGUAGAAUUGAUGUAGCCUAGCCAGAGAGUGAUUUUGAAUAGCGUGUCGCCGAUGCAGUCCGGGCAAACGGCCACGACGAGGAACACUAUAAAGUAAGGCAGCCAGCAAACCAUGAAGGCGCACACAAUGACGCCCAGUUGGCGAGCAGCUUUUCUUUCUUUUUGCGAAAUCAGCACAGAUGGAAUGGCUGUAGCUGCGAUUCCACCCUGAUGGUUGUUGGACUUUGUAGACUGUCUGCAAACUUGUUGUUGUUGUCGUCUGUUGCUAACUUUUUCGCUGUCUAAUCGAUGUCUACUAGAUCGACGAUCUACGACGUCGUCCACAUACUCAACCUUGACUUGCACGUCGAUGUAAUGAGUCGUACUCUGCUUCGCACUGUCCAAUCCCCCGUCACUUCCGUGCAGUUCCAUUAAUGUCAAACUUUCGUAAAAAUCUAAUAUUGAACGGUCGGCA